AUGACCACCAUGGUCAAGGAAGAACAACCUACUGACAACAAUGCUGUUCUUUCCAAAUCAAGAAUCACCGAUGAUGAUCUUUAUCGGCAUUCAACGCAGUACAGAAACUGGUCUUUCACGCCUGAAAGAUUAGACCAAAUCAGAACUGAAGUGAACGCCAGCGCAAGUGCCAGGGUAGAAGAAACGCUGAAACACUUUUUUGAGUCUCAUCCGGAUUUGUCUCGGGAAGAAGAAGAGGCCGUGGCGUCCAAAGCUGUCCCGGUGACUACUCACGAGGAGCUUUUGCUCGUCAAUUACUUUGCACGCAUGAUCAUCUCUUUUGCAGGAAAAAUGAACCUGCCGACAGAAGUAGCUGCAACUGCCGUUGCAUUCUUCCGAAGAUUUUUCUUGUCAAAUUCAGUAAUGGAUCUGCCACCGAAAGAGGUCUUUCAUACGACACUUUUUUUUGCAUGCAAAACUGAAAACUACUUCAUCGGUGUGGACUCAUUCGCUAAAAAGGCUAAAACCACAACAGAGGCCGUUCUAAAACAUGAAUUCAAGCUCCUGGAGAGCCUCAAUUUUACUUUAAUGAACCAUCACCCUUACAAGGCAUUACACGGAUUUUUUUUGGAUAUUCAAAAUGUGUUGUCGGGCAGAGUUGACAUGCAAUAUAUGGGUCAAGUUUACACCAAUUGCAAGAAAAGCAUAUCAGAUGCUUUACUUACAGAUGCCGUUUAUUUCUUUACGCCUCCACAGAUUACACUGGCAAUUCUUUUGAUGGAGGACGAGGCGCUAAUGAUGCGUUAUAUGCAGCUCAAGUUCGGUCUACAGCAAGACGGCGAUGCCUCCGCUGGACAACCUUCACAAAGUUCUGAACAACAGCUAGCGAAUGGCAUAAACGCUUCCAAACUUCUUGAGGUAGUAAAAAAUUGUAAGUCGGUCAUCAGCUCUAAAAUUAUACCAGCUAAGGAUGAUGCCGUCAAAAUCACUGCUAAGAUACACUACUGUCAGAACCCUAUGGCCGUCAUUGAUAGAUUAAAGAGGCAGAGGGAAAACAGCAGUUUAGCUAGCACUCCCCCACCUAAUGAGCUCGAUGCGAAAAGACAGAAAAGCUGA